UUAUUUUCUGGCUUACUCGUUGACAACAUCUUUGUAUUUUUCAAGUGUUGAUAGUUAGAUAGCUGAAGUAACUUAUUUGAGGUAAUGUAAGUUAACUAGCUAUAACACGUAACGUCAGAAACAGUAGGUAGCCUAACUGAAUAUUGGCAUAAAUUAAAGUAAGAAUACUUGUGAUAACAGAAUAGCCAAUGAUUUUACGCAAGUUGUGUUUGUCGGAUAUAAUGUUACUGUUGACAGAAGGAGGAAGUGGGGUAAGGAUCAAUAUUGGCAUACUUGGCAGACACCUAUUGAAUGUUGGGGUUAUUAACAGAAUAUCCUGAGUCGGUUAUACCUGAUGUGGUAACUUUGUAUAGCCAGCUCGUCAAGUCUACAAAGAACCAAGUUAAUUAAACCUCUGUACUCUUAUUAAUGUUGAUUUGUUGACCAAUAAUUCCCCGUUGCCUCAUUCAGGUAAUUUCCUGCUAGAAGUGUAAACAGUCGACAUGACGGCCUGAGCUGGACAGUUGUCAAAUUCUCUACUCGUCCACACAAUAUAAGUGACGCAGAUCAGGAGCAUGUGGGCCUCGUGCUGUAACUGGUUCUGUCUGGACUCUGCUACAGGGGACGAGGGGGGGGGCAACACGCGGCACCAGGCCUACACCAACUCCGGCUUCAGCAGCUUCCCCUCGCCCACCGCCGUGGACCACACCUGCAAGGCCUGCGGGGGACGCUUCGACACACUGACCAGGAAGCACAUGUGCAUGGACUGCAAGAAGAGCUUCUGCAGCCGCUGCUCCGCGCAGCUGGAGCUGCAGCCACGGCUCUGCCUGACGUGCCAGCGCCUGUGCGCCACGCUGUUUGACCGCGCCGAGCUGAUGAAGCUGAAGGUGAAGGACCUGCGCGACUACCUGCACCUGCACCAGGUGCCCACGCAGAUGUGCCGCGAGAAGGAGGAGCUGGUGGAGCUGGUGCUCGGCCAGCAGACGCCCGCCGCCAACGCCACCAGCCAGGCCACCGCCAACGUGCGGGUGACGCAGCAGCAGCCGCCGCCGCCGCCUCAACCACCGCCGCCGGCGGCAGUGCCACCGCAACACGUACACACGCGCGCACCGAGCAGCGCCCACACACACCACACAUCGCAGCAGAACGGACAGACGGCACCAAUGGCAGGCCCGGUGUCUGCGGGUCCGACCGUAACCCAGCCGCGCUCAGAACCACACAGGCCUCCGACGCCGCCGGUCCAGGAGGACUCACAGAGCCUGUCUGCGCUGGCGCCCUCUGCGCUGGCACCCUCUGCGCCAGAGGAGGGGCCGGAGGAUGAGGCAGACACGGAGCUGCGGGGAGAGCAGGAGUCGCAGUCCUCUGACACAGAGGAGGUGCUGGUCCCUGGGCGAAGGGCGUCUCUGACGGACCUGUUGUCGGCGGAGGACAUCGAGGCUCUGAGCGUGCGGCAGCUGAAGGAGAUCCUGGCCAGGAACUUUGUGGACUACAAGGGCUGCUGCGAGAAGUGGGAGCUGAUGGAGAGGGUCACGCGCCUCUACCACGACCAGAAGGACCUGCAGAACCUAGUUUCAAAUGCCUCUGAUGGCACAGACUUGCCCUCCGGCCCGGUCAUCGAGGAGAACCUGUGCAAGAUCUGCAUGGACUCGCCCAUAGACUGCGUCCUGCUGGAGUGCGGCCACAUGGUCACCUGCACCAAGUGUGGCAAGCGCAUGAGCGAGUGCCCCAUCUGCAGGCAGUAUGUGGUGCGCGCCGUGCACGUCUUCCGGUCCUAGUGCACCCGUUGCGCGUAUUCCGUUCCUGAAGCCUCGCCGCGGUUCCUGGCGCUGUGGCCUUUAAUUGGCUCACACACACACUCUCAAACACAUGCAUACACACUCCUACACUCCCAUAAGCUCAAUACUGUCCUUUGAUGCAGUACAGCUUUUUCCCCCCAACCCGUGGAAGAAUUAAGGUCACCCUUUUUUCCCCCACACCUGCUAAUGUCUAUUAAAACCGAUUGUACGUCACACAACAGCCUGCUCUCUUCACAAACGGGCUAAUGGCACUUUUAUCAGUGGACUUUGGUGCCAUCAGCGCCAUGGAUGGCGGUAAAAAGUGCUGUAGCUCUUGGCUGGCAAGUCUGACGUUGGCUUUAGUUUUUAUGGUUAGUAAAAGAGCAUGGUCUAGGGGCAUUUAUCAGGUGCACUCAACCCCUAUGAGAGCCACUGACGACAACUCAACCAGGAAGAGGAAGUGGAUCUGUGUUAUUUCUGCAGGCUAGGGGGGAGGGUGCACCACAUGGGAACAUGACGACUUCACCCAGUUCCAGAACAUUACAAGGCAACAGCUGUCCCAUAACUGUCUUCUCACUCACAAUGAUCACGUGACCAGUCAUGGGAUGACCAUUUGUGCCUGUGUGUGUGUGUGUGUGUGUGUGUCUGUCUGUCAGUGUGUGUGUGCCUGUUCUGUGUGCGUGUGAGUG